AUGUCCUUCAAAACCCCGUUCCACCCAGAUUCCACCCCCGCAGACAAGUCCAAUGACGGCGGUUCUCCACCGUCUGAGGAUCGUUGCUCGGUGGAGGAGGUGGCUCUGGUGGUGCCGGAGACUGACGACCCAUCUCUUCCAGUGAUGACUUUUCGUUCAUGGGUUUUGGGGCUGACUUCUUGUUGCAUUCUUAUUUUUCUCAACACUUUCUUCACUUACCGCUCUCAACCACUCGCCAUCUCCGCCAUUCUUAUGCAGAUCUCUGUUCUCCCAAUUGGCCGCUUCAUGGCCUCCACUCUUCCAAACAGAGACUUCCAUUUUUUUCACUGGAAGUUCAGUCUCAACCCUGGCCCUUUCAACAUGAAGGAGCAUGUUAUUAUCACCAUUUUUGCUAACUGUGGCAUCUCCUAUGGCGGCGGCGACGCCUAUUCCAUCGGCGCCAUUACUGUCAUGAAGGCUUAUUAUAAACAGAGCUUGAGUUUCCUCUUGGCCCUUCUCAUCGUCUUAACUACCCAAGUUUUGGGAUAUGGAUGGGCUGGUAUGCUCCGAAGGUACUUGGUCGAUCCUGUUGAAAUGUGGUGGCCUGCAAAUUUGGCUCAGGUUUCUCUGUUUAGAGCCCUUCAUGAGAGGGAGGACAAAUCAAAAGGGAUGACAAGGAUGAAAUUCUUCUUAAUCGCCAUGGGAGGAAGCUUUGUCUACUACGUUUUUCCAGGUUACUUGUUUCAAAUCUUAUCAUUCUUCUCGUGGGUUUGUUGGGUUUGGCCUCACAGCAUCACGGCUCAGCAAAUUGGGUCGAGCCAAAGUGGGCUUGGACUUGGAGCUUUCACCUUCGAUUGGGCCGGCAUUUCAGCCUAUCAUGGAAGCCCGCUCGUGUCGCCAUGGUUCUCGAUUCUGAAUGUGGGUGUAGGGUUUGUGAUGUUCAUUUAUAUCAUCGUCCCUGUUUGCUAUUGGAAGUUCAACACCUUCGAUGCCCGGAAAUUUCCCAUCUUCUCAAAUCAGCUCUUCACAAGAACCGGUCAGAAAUACGACACGACCAAGAUUUUGACGGCGGAUUUUGAUCUCAAUGUUGCUGCUUAUGAUAGCUACGGGAAGCUCUAUCUUAGCCCUCUUUUUGCUCUCUCCAUUGGAUCUGGUUUCGCCAGGUUCACUGCCACUCUCACCCAUGUUGCUCUGUUCAAUGGCCGGGAGAUAUGGAAGCAAAGCAGGGCAGCAAUCAAGAGUGCAAAAUUAGACAUCCAUGCAAAGCUGAUGCAAAGAUACAAACAGGUGCCAGAAUGGUGGUUCUUGAUCUUACUGUUCGGAAGCAUUGCACUGUCUCUUUUGAUGUCGUUUGUGUGGAAAGAGGACGUGCAACUACCGUGGUGGGGGAUGCUAUUUGCCUUUGCCAUGGCUUGGAUUGUCACCCUCCCGAUUGGGGUCAUUCAAGCAACCACUAACCAGCAACCCGGAUAUGAUAUCAUAGCACAAUUCAUCAUUGGUUACAUUCUUCCCGGAAAGCCAAUAGCAAAUCUACUCUUCAAGAUCUAUGGAAGGAUCAGCACAGUUCAUGCUCUGUCUUUCUUAUCCGAUCUUAAACUUGGGCAUUAUAUGAAAAUCCCACCACGAUGCAUGUACACAGCCCAGUUAGUCGGGACUCUAGUCGCCGGGACGGUCAACCUAGGCGUUGCAUGGUGGAUGCUGGACGGUAUAGAGAACAUCUGCGACGUGGAUGCACUCCACCCUGAUAGCCCAUGGACAUGUCCAAAAUACAGAGUAACAUUUGAUGCUUCAGUGAUAUGGGGACUAAUCGGACCAAAGCGAUUGUUUGGACCUGGUGGGUUGUAUCGCAACCUGGUGUGGCUAUUCCUCGUUGGAGCGGUUCUUCCAGUGCCCAUUUGGGCAUUGAGCAAAGUGUUCCCAGAAAAGAAAUGGAUUCCGCUGGUAAACGUACCGGUUAUAUCGUAUGGCUUUGCAGGGAUGCCACCGGCAACUCCUACGAACAUAGCGAGCUGGCUCAUAACUGGAACGGUUUUCAAUUACUUUGUGUUCCGAUACAAGAGGCGGUGGUGGCAGAAGUAUAACUACGUGCUGUCGGCUGCGCUUGAUGCUGGGACGGCUUUCAUGGGCGUGCUGCUUUUCUUUGCAGUGCAGAAUGAGGGGCAUCACUUGAGGUGGUGGGGAUCACAACCGGACCAUUGCCCUUUGGCGAAGUGUCCUACUGCUCCUGGGAUUGCCGUGAAAGGAUGUCCGGUGUUCUAGCAGCCACCAAACUGUUUGAUGAUAACAAAUAUGUUUGAGAGCUGAACACUGAGUGAGUUCUUCAUAUUCUUCGUGGUUCUUUGGUUGUUUGUUCGAGUUUAUGUGGUACUAGCAGUUUGAUUGUGGAAUUUCUCUAUAAUCUAUAGCCUAAUAGAACGUAGCUCGGAGGG